GUGGCCAGCUGUCGCUCUCCGCACUGCUCCACCAUACGCGCGCACGUAGCCACAUCCGCACAGAGCGCAUCCUGCAAUCGGUUCCCCAUCCAGCCACCCUUUCACUGGUAGUCAUCAAGGCAGACCCGGUGGAGACGCCUACUUUCAUUCACUCUCCAAACUGGACACAAGAAUCUCGAUCGCUCUAACGCUCCUCCAGCCUCUACCAGCAGCAGCACCAUGGCAACCAAGAGACCAGAGGACAGGAUCUCUUCUUCAGGACCACAGUCAUGUCCCUCUACAGCAGUAAGACCCACAGACACCAGGCAGCCUGGGGCAGAGACACAGGAGACACUGGUGUACAUGCAGUGCUGUGGGCAGGAAGCCCCUAAUAAGACAGAGAGGAACGGUCAUAGGAAAAUCAUGGAUAGGAACCAUCAGGGCCCAGUCUUUGUGCCCCAGGGGAGGACUGAGAGGGUCUGGACCCACCCCCCGGCUCCCCAGCAGACUACAACUCCCACAAUACCCUCCUGCCCUGUGUCUCCCCCUUACAGUUUCUGGAGCCCAGGGUCGGUGGAGAUGGAUGAGAUCAUGGCAGCCAUGGUUCUGACCAGUCUGUCCUGCAGCCCUGUGGUCCAGAGUUCUCCUCAGAGUCAGAAUGACUCUCUACCAGGUAGGUUAGUCAAUAAAGCCAUGGUUCUGACCAGUCUGUCCUGCAGCCCUGUGGUCCAGAGUUCUCCUCAGAGUCAGAAUGACUCUCUACCAGGUAGGUUAGUCAAUAAAGCCAUGGUUCUGACCAGUCUGUCCUGCAGCCCUGUGGUCCAGAGUUCUCCUCAGAGUCAGAAUGACUCUCUACCAGGUAGGUUAGUCAAUAAAGCCAUGGUUCUGACCAGUCUGUCCUGCAGCCCUGUGGUCCAGAGUUCUCCUCAGAGUCAGAACGACUCUCUACCAGGUAGGUUAGUCAAUAAAGCCAUGGUUCUGACCAGUCUGUCCUGCAGCCCUGUGGUCCAGAGUUCUCCUCAGAGUCAGAAUGACUCUCUACCAGGUAGGUUAGUCAAUAAAGCCAUGGUUCUGACCAGUCUGUCCUGCAGCCCUGUGGUCCAGAGUUCUCCUCAGAGUCAGAAUGACUCUCUACCAGGUAGGUUAGUCAAUAAAGCCAUGGUUCUGACCAGUCUGUCCUGCAGCCCUGUGGUCCAGAGUUCUCCUCAGAGUCAGAAUGACUCUCUACCAGGUAGGUUAGUCAAUAAAGCCAUGGUUCUGACCAGUCUGUCCUGCAGCCCUGUGGUCCAGAGUUCUCCUCAGAGUCAGAAUGACUCUCUACCAGGUAGGUUAGUCAAUAAAGCCAUGGUUCUGACCAGUCUGUCCUGCAGCCCUGUGGUCCAGAGUUCUCCUCAGAGUCAGAAUGACUCUCUACCAGGUAGGUUAGUCAAUAAAGCCAUGGUUCUGACCAGUCUGUCCUGCAGCCCUGUGGUCCAGAGUUCUCCUCAGAGUCAGAAUGACUCUCUACCAGGUAGGUUAGUCAAUAAAGCCAUGGUUCUGACCAGUCUGUCCUGCAGCCCUGUGGUCCAGAGUUCUCCUCAGAGUCAGAAUGACUCUCUACCAGGUAGGUUAGUCAAUAAAGCCAUGGUUCUGACCAGUCUGUCCUGCAGCCCUGUGGUCCAGAGUUCUCCUCAGAGUCAGAACGACUCUCUACCAGGUAGGUUAGUCAAUAAAGCCAUGGUUCUGACCAGUCUGUCCUGCAGCCCUGUGGUCCAGAGUUCUCCUCAGAGUCAGAAUGACUCUCUACCAGGUAGGUUAGUCAAUAAAGCCAUGGUUCUGACCAGUCUGUCCUGCAGCCCUGUGGUCCAGAGUUCUCCUCAGAGUCAGAAUGACUCUCUACCAGGUAGGUUAGUCAAUAAAGCCAUGGUUCUGACCAGUCUGUCCUGCAGCCCUGUGGUCCAGAGUUCUCCUCAGAGUCAGAAUGACUCUCUACCAGGUAGGUUAGUCAAUAAAGCCAUGGUUCUGACCAGUCUGUCCUGCAGCCCUGUGGUCCAGAGUUCUCCUCAGAGUCAGAAUGACUCUCUACCAGGUAGGUUAGUCAAUAAAGCCAUGGUUCUGACCAGUCUGUCCUGCAGCCCUGUGGUCCAGAGUUCUCCUCAGAGUCAGAAUGACUCUCUACCAGGUUCAUCAUCAUGGGGCGGAGACAUGGAGUGUAGGGGCGGAGACAUGGAGUGUGGGGGCGGAGACAUGGAGUGUGGGGGCGGGGAGCUUUCGGACAGCGGCAGCAGUGGCUACUGGAGCUGGGACCACGGCAACGUUAGUCCCGCUCCGUCCCCUUCUGUCGCCGAGAUGGACAGCCGCCCAGAUGAAGGACUGCAUAUGGAGCUGGGGGGUGAGCUACAUACAGCCGCAAGGUCAAAGAGUUCUUUCAGAGGAACGUACAGGUGUCUGUGGCCUAGCUGUGGCAAGGUGCUCACGUCUUCAGUUGGUAUGAAGAGACAUGUCCGUGUGAUGCACCUGGGCAGUGGAUCGGAGCAGUCCCCAAGAGAGGAAGACUUCUACUACACAAAGAUUUCCUGCGAAGCUCCAGCAGACCCCUCUCUCGUUUCCCCUCUUCCCCCAGACCCCUCUCCCGUCUCCCCUCUUCCCCCAGCCCCCCUCCCGGCUUCGUCCCCUCACGUCCCCUGGGCAUCCUGUGGCUCCCCUCUAAGCCCUGAUCCAGAUUCCGGACUCCAGAUCACGUCCUCGGGGUCAGGGAGCUCCAGGCCCAGCUCAGGUCCAGAGUCAGCCCCAUAUCAGCACAGACCUCUCAGCCAGUCUGCCCCUAGCUCCUCCUGGCAGAUACAGACAGACCAUGUCUAUCAGGCCUGCACUCCCCUCCAGGUGACCAUGUCCUCCUGCAGCCCUGCCCCCUGUUGUUGGACCCCUCCCCCUCUCACCGUCUCUAACCAACACAGCCAUCACAACACCCAGGUGGUGACGGGUCGCUGCAGGUCUGUGAGUGUGGGAGAGCAGUGGCUUCAACAGAACAGCGCCACCAACAGGCUAACCACCUUGAGAGCAGCCUCUCCGUCGGGCUCUCACUGCUCCUUCAGGAAGGGACGAGGGGAGGCUGAAACAUUUCUUGUGUAUCAUCCCUGUAGGAAGGGACGAGGGGAGGCUAAGAAGUGUCGUAAGGUGUACGGAGUGGAGCACAAGGAGCAGUGGUGCACGGCCUGCCGCUGGAAGAAAGCCUGCCAGCGCUUCACAGACUAAACGAGUGUUUGAACGAAGGAUGAUGAAAGAAAGAGACUGAAAAAGAGAGGACGCGAUCAGGAUCAGGGCCUGUAAAAGCCAUCAACAACAACAACUUCCUUUUUUUCUACCUUGUUUAUUUUCCCCUCAAGGAAUAUAGUUCUGUUUUUUUAUACGUUGACCUGAGAAGUACGUCAGUGUGCGAUGUUGGUGCUAGUAGCUAGUAGGUUAGACUGUGUUAUGUGGUAGGCCUACCAAUGCUCUUCCGUCCCAGACCUGUUUGUGCUGUGUAGCAUGGCAACAACCAUAGGAGUUAGCUAUACACAGGGAUGGGCACUGGCUAGUUGCCCUGGGUAACAUUUGGGUCCAAAGUAUGCGCCAUACAAUAUUUCUAAGAACAAACUUUGACUGGCCUGGUGUGAUCUGAAUAGUACUAGCGGGCUAGCUUCAUAUCCUACUAGCCUGGUCUGAAUAGUACUAUCGGGCUAGCUUCAUAUCCUACUAGCCUGGUCUGAAUAGUACUAGCGGGCUAGCUUCAUAUCCUACUAACCUGGUCUGUACGGUACUAUCGGGCUAGCUUCAUAUCCUACUAGUAUGGUCUAAAUAGUACUAGCGGGCUAGCUUCAUAUCCUACUAGCCUGGUCUGAAUAGUACUAGCGGGCUAGCUUCAUAUCCUACUAGUAUGGUCUGUACGGUACUAUCGGGCUAGCUUCAUAUCCUACUAGCCUGGUCUGAAUAGUACUAGCGGGCUAGCUUCAUAUCCUACUAGCCU